GCGAUGACUCUUUUGUGAGUUUGUUGCCGCGGAGGGGAGUCAUCUAUUGUCUUGUCACUGAUAGGUUUUGUGCUCGAGGGGUCAUUUUCUUUUUAAUCUGCUGGUUUGGACAUGAAUAUUUUACGAAAUUGGUGUAUUGUUGGUUACGGGUAUUCUCCAAAAUUGGUCAAAUUUUGUUCGGUUGGGGUGUUAAAGAUAUCUGCUUGAUACUAUAUGAAUCACCCACACUUGUUCUAGAGGUAGAUUUUAUUAUUUAUUUUUAUAUUAUAUAAUGGGUAUUCUCCGAAGUUGGUCUAUUGUGCGAGUCUAGAAAUGCCGGAGGAGUUUGCAUGAGACAAGAAAAUGAUGGUUCUGAAGACUUUGUUGCUUCUUCUUUUUUUGAAUGUGAUUUCGUUUGUGGUGAUUGCAAAUCCACCAACAUGUCCAGCUGGUCUUGAUAAGGACUGCGGUGAUUCGAGUCAAUGGAACGGCGAAUUCUUUCCUGAGAUUCCCAACAUUAAGUAUGAGGGCCCUUCUAGCAAGAAUCCACUUGCGUAUAAAUGGUACAAUGCAGAAGAAGAGAUUCUUGGGAAGAAAAUGAAGGGUUGGCUGAGAUUUAGUGUUGCAUUUUGGCACACAUUCCGUGGGACUGGUAGUGACCCAUUUGGUGCAUCUACAAAGUAUUGGCCAUGGGAAGAUGGAACAAAUUCAGUAGCCAUGGCCAAGAGAAGAAUGAGAGCCAAUUUUGAGUUCAUAAACAAGCUUGGAGUUGAUAGAUGGUGCUUCCAUGACAGGGAUAUAGCCCCUGAUGGCAAAACCCUGGAGGAAAGUAAUGCAAACUUGGAUGAAGUAGUGGCCCUUGCUAAGGAGCUUCAGGGAACCAAGAUCCGCCCUCUGUGGGGUACAGCUCAGCUGUUCAUGCAUCCCCGCUACAUGCAUGGUGCCGCUACAAGCUCUGAACUAGGUGUAUAUACAUAUGCUGCUGCACAAGUCAAGAAAGCCAUAGAGGUCACACAUUAUUUAGGUGGAGAAAAUUUCGUGUUUUGGGGUGGUCGUGAGGGUUAUCAGACUCUUUUGAAUACAGAUAUGGGACGAGAGCUUGAUCAUAUGGCAAGUUUCUUUAAGGCAGCUGUUGCUUACAAGAAGAAGAUUGGAUUCAAUGGUACAUUGCUCAUUGAACCCAAGCCUCAGGAACCUACCAAACAUCAGUAUGACUGGGAUGCAGCAACAGCUGCUAAUUUCCUACGAAAAUAUGGUCUUAUAGGAGAAUUUAAACUUAACAUCGAGUGCAAUCAUGCCACCCUAUCUGGUCACAGCUGUCAUCAUGAACUUGAAACCGCAAGACUUGGUGGUCUGCUGGGAAAUAUUGAUGCAAACACGGGUGACCCACAGAUUGGUUGGGAUACUGAUCAGUUUCUCACAGAUAUUGGAGAGGCAACUCUGGUUAUGCUCAGUGUGGUGAAAAAUGGUGGACUAGCACCAGGAGGAUUCAACUUUGAUGCAAAACUGCGUAGAGAGAGUACGGAUGUUGAAGAUUUGUUCAUUGCUCAUAUUACUGGAAUGGAUACCCUGGCCCGUGGACUUCGGAAUGUGGCCAAGCUGAUUGAGGAUGGUUCUUUAGCUGAGCUUGUUCGCAAGAGAUACCAGAGUUUUGACACGGAACUUGGAGCUCAAAUAGAGGCUGGUAAAGCAGAUUUUGAAAUGCUCGAGAAGAAAGCCUUGGAAUGGGGAGAACCCAAAGUUGCUUCGGGCAAGCAGGAGCUGGCAGAGAUGAUUUUCCAAUCUGCACUGUAGAAAACAGCAUGAGGGACUCUCUGGUGUAUUAGUUCUUUCUUGUUAGAGAAUAAGACAGGGAGAUAGAUGACUCUAGGAUGGGAUGAUAUAUUGAGUAGGAAAAUGAUAAGAGUUACCACUCUACUAAUACUCAUCUACUACUAUUUUUUAUUUGAUUUUUUUAAUUUUUUUAUUUUACUUAAUGAUUAAAGAAGUGGAUAUUAGUAAA